AGUACCUAAGCUAUAGUGUGGCACAAGGACCGCACAUUGACUUUUCCUAAAAAGAACACAACACAUGAAAGACAAGAUAGAAGAGAUACAAAUAACAGGUCGAGAUUAUGAACAACCAAAGCAAUCUGGCGGUACUCACAAUCCCCGAUCCGUGUGCUGCGCAUGUCCAAAAGCUGUCAUUGCUGGAUCAAAAGGAAUACCCCAACACCCCCAACAGUCCGUUCCAUGUAUCCCAUCCGUGAUCAAUACCAUAAUUCUCCAAAAAGUCCUGUUGCCGAAGAGCGCAGAGAUGAGUUCGGAAAAGCAAAAACAAAACCAAUAUCUAGAAUGCAAUGUCAUGCUCGAGAGGACCGCAUCAGGGCUCGCGUUAUGUAGUAAAAAUCUCGGGGGUCCCUGCGGAAGCUCAAGCCUGAGAUGGAUAGGUAAAGCGGAUGUCGACGGAAAGAGCCAAAACAGCGAUGAUCGCGCCAAACCGGAGAAUCGAGGGAUAGCCACCAGCACCCACCUGCCGGGACCAUCGUCUAUACCUUGGAACAUCGCUUUCAAACCAUAA